CCACCACAAACAAAACCCCAAUCUUUUUUUACAAGAAAUCACCAUCUGACGCUCUCAUCUUUUCUACUCUACUACCAGUAAGCUCUCAAUUUCUACCCAAAUACUCCCUUAAAUCAACCUAUUAACAAUCUAUUCUACACUUGUUGAUCGAUUGAAAGGGUAUGGAAAUUGUUGUUUCGAUACAAGCAGAAACACCUCUUUCCGUUCAAUCAAAUCACCGUUCAAAAACAGAUACAGCUUGGAAAUACGUCAGUGAAACUCAAGAUGAAACCGGAAAAAAGGUUGUCGUUUGUACUUUUUGUCAAAAAGGCUUUCGUGGUGGCGGGAUAAAUCGAAUGAAGCAACACCUUGCCGGAGUGAAAGGUAACGUUGCAAGCUGCGUGAAGGUACCGGCGGAUGUCAAGCUUCUUAUGCAAGGGAUUUUGGAUGGAAAAUCUCAACAAACAAAAGAAAAGCCUAGUGGGUCGCAUGUACAUAACUUGGAUGGUGAUAAAGCAGUUGAAGCGCAAACAACGAACUCGCAAAAAACUCAUGCAAAUGAGGGAAAAAGAAAAGCUCCGUCAAACUUGCCGUCAAAUCCCAAACGAGUGUUGGGCGAUGAUGAAGGUGACGAUGAACCUCUUCCACCUGGAAUUAGGGUUUCAAAGUUCGAUCAAUCAGUCGAAAAUCACUUCAAAGCGAUGGAUAAAAUCGCAACGCUCUCUGGCGAAUCAGAAUUCGAGCAUGAACAAACUGAGAUUCAUCGAUUAUCCGCUUCCGUUACUUUCUUAAGUCAAUGGAGAUAUUUUUGUUAUCAACCUCGGGAUAUACGGUUUGCUUGCGAAAAGGAAACUUCUAGGGAGAAAAACGUCACAACUAAGGUCAAACUGCCGCAGUUUUCUUCAGCGGUUGUUCCCAAGGAUAUACCAAGUGGAAACGAUAUUUCGUCACCAUUGAGCAAAGAUUUUGUAAUGUAUGUUGGCGGGCCUGUUUGGGCUUUGGAUUGGUGUCCCGGAGUUCAUCAAAGUUCUACGUUCGACACUAAUGUUGAGUUCAUAGCGGUUUCUGCUCAUCCUCCAGAGUCUACAUAUCACAAGAUCGGUGCUCCACUUACCGGAAGAGGUCUGAUCCAAAUAUGGUGUGUGUUGAAUACGGGUCAAAGUCAAGAAGGUGAGACUCGGUUGGUCAAAGUCAAGAAACGAAAAUCUUCCACAAUUACUGACCCCACGAAGUCAACGAGACCAAGAGGGAGACCGAGAAAGACUCCUCGAAAAGAAACGGAUCACGGUGAUCAAUCUCCGAAAAGUCGAAAUAAUUUACUUCAGUUAUUUUCCGAAACGGAAACCGAUGAAAAGUUCAAAACUCAGAAGUCACCGAAGCCAAGAGGAAGACCUAGAAAGAAACCGAUAAAAGAAUCAUCGAACAACUUUGACGAUAGUAAUAAUAAUAUGCAACUGCUUACGGAAUCUACGUCUAACUCACCGAAAACGAGCCCGGAGCCUCUUGCCGUUAAAUUUCCUGACAAUUUUACCCUUUUGACCCCCGGAAUCCUUGCGAAAGCGCAAGUCACCAAAGAGGUUACUAACGUCUAUACUCGAAGACCAAAAAAACACCGUAAAGACCAGUCACCAAAGUCAACAAGGACACCCUCAAAGUCAAAGUCAACAAGGACACCCUCAGAGUCAAAGUCAACAAAUUGUCAAACAGAGAGUGAAAGUCAAGCAAAGGGUGUUGACCCACCUAUAAUAUCACAAAGUCGUGAAAGUCCCAUUGACGAAGAUGAUGUUUUGCCGAGACUUGUAAUGGGCCUGGCCCAUAAUGGAAAAGUUGCGUGGGAUGUGAAAUGGCGGCCGUCUGAUUUCCGUCAUGUUUCGAAACACGUAAUGGGAUAUCUUGCGGUUUUGCUUGGGAAUGGGGCUCUUGAAGUGUGGGAGGUACCUCUUCCUCGUGUUACAAAAGCUAUAUUUUCUUGUCAAAAAGAAGGUAAAGAUCCUCGUUUCCUCAAGUUGAAGCCGGUUUUCUUAUGUUCAAUGUUGAAAUGCGGUGAUAGACAAAGCAUUCCUCUAACAUUGGAGUGGUCAACAUCAGCUCCUCAUGAUCUCAUUCUGGCUGGUUGUCAUGAUGGAGUGGUUGCCCUGUGGAAGUUCUCUGCUAGUAGUUCAUCUAAAGAUACUAGACCUUUGCUUUGCUUCAGUGCAGAUACUGUUCCUAUAAGGGCACUUACGUGGGCUCCACUCGCCAGUGAUCCUGAGAGUGCAAAUAUAAUUGCUACUGGCAGUCAUAAAGGUUUAAAGUUUUGGGAUAUACGUGAUCCGUUUCACCCUCUUUGGGAUAUACCGUAUCAAAAAGUCGUAAAUAGUUUAGAAUGGCUGCCAGAUCCAAGAUGUGUUGUUUUAUCUUUUGAUGACGGGGAAAUAAAAAUAAUCAGCUUAUUAAAAGCUGCAUCUGAUGUCCCUGUUACUGGCAUGCCGUGUGAUAAAAAACCACUACAUGGAUCGUAUAGUUAUUAUUGUUCGUCAUCUUCAAUUUGGAGUGUUCAAGUGUCAAGUUUAACGGGCAUGGUUGCAUAUUGCUGUUCAGAUGGUAAAGUUAUUAAUUUCCAGCUUACAAUAAAAGCAGUGGAGAAAGAUCCGCACAGAAACCGUGAACCGCAUUAUCUUUGUGGGUCCCUAACGGAGGAAGAAGAUUCGAGUCUUACUGUUUUAUCUCCGUUGCCAGACGUCCCCAUUCCGAUGAAGAGAUCUUCCACCGAGUGGGGCGAUACCCCCAAAACGAGUCGUGGCGUUAAGUCUAGGUCAAAUCAAGAAAAGAGAGCCAAGGGCCAAAUCUCUAAAUUCCAAACGCCACCCAAACCAUCCUCAGGAGACCCGUUGGUGAAUACGCAGAAGAACAAUAACGACACUUCACGGGAAGCCCAAAUCGAUAACCAAACGAGUCAAGCACUAGUGUGCAUUGAUGACGACAAUAAGGUUGAAGAAACGAACGUUAAAGAGGAGGAAACCGACGUUUACCCUCCAAAAAUCGUCGCGAUGCAUCGUGUAAGAUGGAACAUGAAUAAAGGCAGUGAGAGGUUGGUGUGUUAUGGAGGUGCUGCUGGAAUCCUAAGGUGUCAGAAAAUUAUAUGAUUUAGGAUUUGAGUGUUGGAUAUGUAGAUUUAGUUAGUUUGGUGGUGUUUGGUUGAAGGGUAUGGGAAUAAGGGAAUGGGUAUGAUUCCUUGUAUGAGUGUUUGGUUCAUAGGGGAGUAUUAUGUCCAAGGAACAUAUUGCAUUUAGUUCAGAUUAUAAUAAUUGAAAUAUUAUUGAAAUAAUUUAAUUUAGUUAAGUAUUAAAUUA